AUGACGUUCGGCCAAGGAGAGCUGGAGAUUCUCUAUGACGGUACAGAGCAGCGGACACGUUUUCGCCAGGCACUCCCUGUGGGCACCACAUGGGGUCCUUUCGAGGGGAAGAUCGAAAUGACCACAGCAGGAAGUGACAUGGAGACGUGGUACUGGCCCGGAGCUCCGGAGGCAGCAGAGGUGGUUCUGACUGGAACCCACUGCAUCGGUACAGAGAUGUCCAUACAGCAGUGUCGUAGGAACACACAGGUCUACUGCCCCAGGGGAGGAGAGGGCAAGGCAGCUGGGGUCACCUGUGUUGAGACGGCCCCUGACCUGGUAUUAGAUGCCCAGUUGGUCCAGGAGACAGCCUACCUGGAGGACCGCCCCUUGCACCUCCUGACCUGUGCCAAUGAGGAGAACUGUCUAUCGUCCUCUGCUGCCCGGAUGAGCUGGCCUUACGGACACAGACGCCUGCUACGAUUCUCCUCACGCAUCAUGAACAUGGGCCGGGCCGACUUCAGACCUAGAGCGACCAGGGAGUCCUGGACCUGGCACCAGUGUCACAGGUUGAAGUUGACCUUCAUCCAGCCCUCCUCAAGAUACGAGUGA